AUGUUAUACUACCUAUUUAGCAUCGUGAGCCUGCUCUCACCAUUCGCCUCCGGAAAGACUGCUGGGCAACUCUGUCGAGGCACGGCAGCCCUCUCAAGCGACGGCAACUGGUACUGCUCCGAGGUCACAGCGAUCACGUACAAGAACAUCAGCCAGCCCGGGAAAUACAAUCGAACAACGCAAAUCAAUCCAAACACCGGACUGUGCGACCAUGAGACCAUCUCUUACUCCGGCAUUGAGGCAUCCACACCGCUGAUCGGAGAACCGGGCAGCGCAUCUAGUAUCGCUCAGCAGCCGCCGGUCGUAGUAACGACCACGGUCACCGACACUGAGACUGUCUGCGAGAGAAGCCGUACGUCCAGCAGCCCUUGGCCGACAAGCGAGUCGCCUGCGAAUUCAACGUAUCAUGGUCCUUCAUGCCCGUGUUGGUCCACGUUUGAGACCAGAGUGUCAAGCGCCAACUCCACAACCACAUCAACCUCAAUAAGUUCCUUCGAUACUCCUGGAGCAGUGAAACGCUCUGAACAACGUUCUGUGCUGAGCGAUGCUCCCUCUCCCAUCAAGACACCUACCCCUACGUCAUAUUCAGACCCCGAUGUGAUCGCGGCUGCUGCUUCUACCUGGAGUCGCGUUGCCUAUUACACCUCCGCAGCACCAGCUGCAGCCAGUGGAUUUGCCUUCCUGGCCAACCUCGGAGAUCCGCAAAGGUCUGGUACCUUUGACUACUCGUUCGGCAACUCAUUGUCCUACGUGAUCGGAGAUGGCAGUAAGGUUGCCGCAAAUCCCACUCCCUUCGACGGCACACUUGAGACAUCUGAGCUUGAAAUCGCAGCUUUCACGGACCUGGGAUGUGGUACCGAUGUAGACUGUGGAUACGUUAGGCCCGGUGGUGUUUCAUAUUAUGGGUGGGACGGCCCCUCGAAAGCCUUCUUGAUAGAAUUCCAAAUGGACCACUACAACAACACAGGCCCAAACUAUGGGGCCAUCUCUGACGCACCUGCCUGGUGGUUCCUCAACGCGGCGAUCCCGCGCAUCUUGCAAUACGGCAGCGAUCGCAACAACAUCCCCUGUGCGUGCUGGUCAACCGGCUGCGGCGAGUUCGAUGCCUUCGAAGUCCUCGGUAUGGGGGAGGAACGCGCAAAGUCCACGAUCCAUCGACAAGGGAACCUAGAGGGCGGCGACUCAAACUACUUCCGGCGGCCGGUGGGAAAGACGCUGAAGUUUGCGGUGGUGUUCCACAAUUGGAAUAUCACGGCGAAGGUGCUGGAUGAUAGCUUCGACUUCUCCAGUACCCUGACGCAGGACCAGAUCGACGAUAUGAUCGCUUAUGAUCCGAACGAUGGGCAUCAUUCGCUGUUUGCGAUAGGGGAUUGACGUGGGGUGUCUGCAUUUUCUACUGGCGAAUCGGCUGGUCGCCCGACUCUCGUUGGGACUAUUAUAUUGGGCUAUAUCUGCAGCGCGGAGCAUUUUCUAG